UAGAGCAGGAACACUGGGGUGAUUAGGUUUGUAGCCAGGCUCAGAAACAAAAGAGCUACUGAAGAACUGUAGGAAAGUAGCAGCAGUAUGGGACAAUGAUCUUAAUCACACACAGAGGGAUAAAAAGAAACUUGAAGUUGGUGGUGGCUUUGACUAUCCAUGGCUGAUCACAUGGUCGCACUAGCCACUGGUCUAUCCGCUGUACUACUCUUUCUUGUGCUGAUUGGCCUGACAGCAUAUCUCUUAUGGAAAAAAAGGCAGGACCAGAGGCAGGACAGACUCAUCAGCACUAACCCAGUUAUCCCUGCAUGCACGCCAGUGCUCCAAACAUCGCUACGUAGCACCUAUGGUUUGGCUGAAGUUUCCUUCUUUCUGCCACCGAGUUUCAAGAAUUCAUCCCAUGCCUCAGCGCCUGAAGGGCGGGAGGAACAGGAGCAAUGGGAACAGCUUCCACAUCUGCAUAGUCAGCGUGGUUCUCUAACUAUAGGCAGCUGUUUCCCACUGGGCAGCCUGAGGCCAGAUCUGUACCAGCUUCCUGAAGAGCCAAGCGAAUGGGCACAGCCCAGUGGCUCCACUGUUCGCCUGUGUUUUGCUGUGCAGUAUCAGCAGGAACAAGAGCAGCUGGUAGUCUCCCUGCUCCAAGCUGCAAACCUGCCUGCCCACUAUCAAAACAAUGCCACACUGGUGAAUCUACAGCUCCUGCCAUCUGAAGAUCGACACCAUCGUCAGGCCAAGGCCCGGUGCAAAGGCUGCCAACCACAGUUCAAUGACACCUUUGUGUUUCAGGUGUCUAAUAAUGUGGACCAGUUCACUCUGCGCAUGAGUUUGUACACCGUGGACAGACUGAAGAAACACCACCUGGUUGGACAUGUUCUGUUCCCUCUCAAACACUCUGAACUGCGAGAGGCAGUGGGCAAAGUCCUGUGGAGAGACCUUGAGACCGAGAGCGAUCUGCCACUUUCAAAACAUGGCAAUAUCCAAGUGUCUUUGAACUACAGUCAGUCUCUACAGCGCCUCACUGUGGUUGUGCUUAGAGCCCGAGGACUCCAAUGUCCCAGCAAUGCUGAUGUCUCUGUCCAGGUUUCUCUGCAGACACACACUCAGGUAGUGAAAACAAAGUGGACAGCACUAACCAGAGGCACCAACCCCACUUUUAAUGAGAAGCUGACAUUCAGGCUUCUCCCUGUGCAGCUAGAUGCAGCUUGUCUGAGCCUGGAAGUCCAACAUGUAGCCCGUGAAGAACCUGCUGAAGUGCCAAGCAUCAGAACCAAGACACCUAUAUCCCUUGGACUUGUGGUCAUUGGACCAUUUAUGUAUGCCAGAGGCAGAGAGCUGGAGCAUUGGAAUGAGAUGAUCAGUAAAUCACAGGAGCUGGUCAAGCAGUGGCAUGGACUGGGAGCAGCAAACAACACUUAUAGACCAAUGUGAACUUAACCUGAAAUUCAGUUCAGGAGAAAGGACAACCUUCACUUAAUAUAUUUAACCAUAAAGAUUUCACACAUGGUAAGAGAAUUUUAAUAAUAAAGCUAUAGAAGAAAUGACAUGCAAAACAUACACUGCAAUGUCAUACUUAACACAUGAAAAUAUAGAUUUUCUGAUCAUUAAAUAUGCAUUUUAAGAUAUGUGUACAAAAACACAAGGGUUACAAUAAAAUAUUUACAAAAAGCUGCA